AUGAGGCGCGCGUCGCCCCAAGUGGCGCUGCAGAGGGACCCAGUGCUGCGGCCGGUGGCUGCCGAGUACUCGGCGCUGCUGUACGCGACGCGCACGCAGCAGCUGCACGUCGCCAAGAUGCAGUCGGCGCUGGCCCAGUGUCUGACGGACCAGCAGCACUACCCACUCUACAGUCGCAUCAGUCUGACGAAGGACUGGGCGGAGCGACGUGCGACGUUGUUGGCCUUGAGGGACGUCAAGAUUCGAGCUGCGUUGGACGUUCGAUUCGACACGAUCCAGUUCCCUGGAGUCAAGUCGCUUCAGCAAGUUUAUGACGCGCUGUCGUUUUACAAGAACAACAUGGAAAUCAUCGUCUCCGAGGAGUUGUGCCACAUCACGCUGCGCGAAGACUAUGAUGCUAUUGGGGAUGCAGCUUUCCACACCCGAAUCAUCUCGACAAACGAGCAUGGAAUCACGACAGAAGGCAACGUAGUGUCGUUUCGAGCGAUGCUUGAUGGGAAUGAAGGGUAUGGUGGAGAACCCUGUGCUGUUAUUGUCUCGGACUCGGUCAAUGAAGAUGAAAAGUACCCCUACAGCCCCCAGCGUGUUCGCAAGGAUAUCUCGGCAGCAGUUGUGCUCACGGCUAACAAACGUCAGAUAAACGAUCCGCUAGACGGCGUAGUUGUCACGAUGAGGCGUGCUGCGUUCUACAAGGUGUAUCGGCCCGAGUUCCCACUUUCUACUCCUCACUUCGAGGAUCUGCGCGAGACGAUUGCACAAUGGUCUGACAUCAUGCUCAAGACCGUGCGUGGAGUGCUUUACCCCAAGCAUUAG